ACCUAUUCUUCACACAACAAAACUCUUUUCUUUUCUUAGCUAAGGUGGCACAUAGUCCAUAACAAUAGCUUAGCUUAAACUGUGGAAAGCUUAUUCUGUUCAUAACUGCUUAUAUUUUGUUUUUCAAAUCAAACAAAUAAGCUUUCCGUAGUUCAAUAUGGCUCGUUCUUUCGCUAACGCUAAGGUUUUAUCUGCUGUUGUCCUUGAAGGAUUCUCCAACACUCUCACAAGGCGUGGUUACGCGGCGGCAACAGAAAGUGCAACAAGGGUAGUAGGAGGAGUGGUGUCUGUUGGCAACAAGAUGGGACCCACAAAGUCUGGGGAAGAUGGUUCUUCGACUUAUAAGGUUUCAUGGGUUCCAGAUCCUGUCACUGGUUACUACAAGCCUGAGAAUAUUAAGGAUACUGAUGCCGCUGAUUUACGUGCUAAGCUUCUCCGCAAAAAAUUUAACAACUAAUUUCAAUCCAUUCAAGAAAUAGAUUUAUAUUAUGUAUUUUGGGUUUGUUAUUUCAACCGCGGAUCUCAUGAGCUUUUGGGGUCGAUUGUAGAUGGCUUAUUAAAGCCUUGAUUGAUUCUGUUAAUUGUGAAGAUCCUACUCUGUUGGUUUAUUCCUCUGUUUAUUCACUUUGUUAGUGUUUUUGCGAACCAGAAGAAUGAUGAUUAGUUGCUGAUCAUAAGUGUUAUGGUGUCUUCUAGUCUAAUUCAAUGGAAUUUAUUUUAGGUUU